UUAUUUACCGUACUGCGACCGAACACCAAACGCAAUCAAUUUUUUGUGUGUUGAAAUGAAGUUGGAAAAAUGUCAAACAAAAAUGGGAAAAGUUUUAAAGUGCCAAAAAUAAGAAGGCAAGAGAGUAAAGGGGCUUGGUAACAACAAAGUAACUGCUCAAACAUGGCCACCGUUCAUUUUGUAAGAUAGAUGAACUCGACAGUUUCAAAGUAUUUACAGACAUGAGACUUACUGGUGACACCUUUGGCAUAGACAUUUCUACCGUCUCGCGAGUUGUGAGGGUAGUGACCGACGUUCUGUUAGGACUGAAAGACCAUUUUAUCUACCGGUAGUUUUCUGUGACAGACCUCGACAGACGAAUCGUGAGUGGAUUUUAUGCCAUCAGAAGGUUCCCAUCUGUAAUUGGUUGUGUUGACGGGACCCAUGUUAAAAUAAUUUUGCCUGGUUAUCCAGAUGAGGCCGCAUUUGUUAAUAGAAAACAUCAACACAGUAUCAAUUUCCAGGCGAUCUGCAACCACAAAGAUAACUUGAGACAAAUUGAUGUGACAAGUCGUGACUGUCUUGAGAUUGUGAAUACUGUUAAAAGAUCAUACCUUGCUAGUGACUACGAGACAGCAUGGAGGCUGAAGACUGCAGCUUUGGUGGAGAACAGAGAACUAGAAGCUAUUUAUAGAGCAAAGAAGGCAGACAUGAAAGAGGAAGGACGACAUGCAAGGGAUUUGGCAGACCAUUAUGCUUUCAUUGUGCAGAGGGACAAUACUAUAGUACCGUAUGUGGUGAAAGAUGGGCUGCGGUGUAAAUCUGUACAUCAGAACUCACUUGGUGACAGCAAGUUGGGUGUGUAUUUGUGGAGGAAUGCUGAUGUACAACUGAAGCUAGCAGAAGGUUGGAAACUGCCAACAUGUACACUGAUGGUCUUCAAGAUUGUACUUGGAAAGUGUAAAGCUCUAUCCCAACAACACAAUGAUGAGAAUAUAGAACCAACACCUAAUUUUGACUGUCAUAUAGCACAGAUUCAGGCCAGACCAAGUGAUAACUUCAAUGUUCAACUUAUAAGGUCACUGGUAUACCUGUAUGAAUAUACAGAUGACUGUGAGCCAUCAGUAAGACCAAGACAGGUUCUGCCAUAUGCUGUCUUAACAUAUGAGAAAGCUGAAAAUGUCCCUAGUCGUUCAUUAAAUAUUAAAGUAGACAGCUACUCCAAACGCCCUACACCUGUAUCCAGGCCAUCAGAAGUGGAUACAGCAAAAUCAAACACAGCCCAGUCUAUUAUGAAUAGACGUGAUCCGAGGCUUGCUCAAGCGGAUUCCAAAUCAAAACCUGGUGAUGGAGUUGAUGCAAGUCUGUGUGUUCCACGUUUAACCUUGGGUCCUCUUCCCAGAGAUCUACAAGCUUCAAUUGUCAGCUUGGUAAGCGAUCCAGAUGAUCCAAGAUCACAACUGAGUUUUCUGGCAUCAUCUGCUAAUCCUGCGUUUGAGGAGUACCCUUACCAACCUUCAUUUGGGCCUGGAUCAGAAGAACAACAGGAGUCUAGCCAGGAAGAGAGUGAACCACAAGAACCAUUGACAAGUUUGCCACCACUGAAGUUACCAGAACAAACAAAUACACAGUUAGAUACUAGAUACACUGAUCCAAGAUUUGGAUAUGUUGAUACCAGUGCUAAUGUUAUUCUGAAUGACCCAAGGUUAAAGCCAAGUGAUCCUGGUUUUGUUCCAAAUGAUCCAAGGUUAAGGUCAAGUGAUACUAAUUUUGUACCAAAUGACCCAAGGCUAAGGUCAAAUGAUCCUAACUUUGUACCAAAUGACCCAAGGCUAAGGUUAAGUGAUCCUCUUUUUGUUCCAAAUGACCCAAGGUUAAGGCCAAAUAAUCCUAGGCUGCAGUCUGUGCCAUUAGAUCCAAGACUUCAACAAAUGUCAUUGGAUCCCAGAAGACAGCAAAGACCAUUAGAUCCAAGACUGCAGCAACAACCUCCUGAUCCUAGACUUAAUGUAUUAGAUCCAAGGGUUCAACAGUCUUUAAAUCAAGGACAGAAUGUUAAUUUCCCUGUGACUCAAAGGAGUGAUAAUCCCCAAAGUGAUGAUACUUUAAAAACACGUAAGAAACUUACUUUGAGUGAUUACAAGAAGAAAGUAAAUAUUUCUAAACCUGAAAGUACCUUGGAAUUAGCUCCGUCAACAAAUGAGGUGGACAAUGUGCAGGAACAAAACACUUUGUCAACAAAAAUGGCAAUUCAAACUGAUCCAGCAAAUUAUGGUAGUAUUUCUUUAAAGAGAACUGAUCCAAGAAUAUCAGAUCAGUCUUUGCCAGAUACAUCAAUUUAUUACAAUCAAAGCGCAGAACAACAGCCAGAGCCUUCAGUUUCUGUUACAGCAGAGGAAGAUGAGACUCAAGGUAUGGAAGAUGACUUUGUGGAAGAACCUGAUGAUAUGGCUAAAACACUAAAUGAACUUUCAGAUCCUGAUGAUAUUAGUCAGUCCCCUAAACAGUUUGAUGAACCUGUUACUGAGAAACCAGAUGCUGAUGAUCCGAUGUUGUCGGAUGCAAUGCAAAAGCUUGUUGAACAUUCUGGUAAUGUGACAUUGUUUACUGAAGCUCUCAGAUUGUUACAAGAAUCUGCUGAACAAUUUGGUGAACAGCUGACAGAUCCUGAAUUUCUGGUGAAGAAAAUUGCUGAAAAAAUUGAUGAAUUGUCAAAGUUGGAGGCACAAAAAUUGAAAGUAUCUAAUGCACCAAGUGCAGAAGGUAGUGGAGACAUUCACGAAAUACAUUCACCAGAUAGGAUUAUGUCUCCAGACUUAUCAAAUGAUUCUAAAAGUGAUAAUAGUGUCCCAGUAAAGCACAUACCACUUGAAAGUGUUGAUAUGGACGUUGAAAAAUCGCUUGAGUGUGUGGAUAUGGACAUUGAUGAACCCGAGAGUGAGCCUGAAUCAAAACUAGAUCUAGCAAUGCAGAAAACAUUACAAGAACUAGCAAGACUGGAACACUCAGAUUCAACAAAAUUACACAAGACAAGAAAAAACAGUAACAAAAGUAAACAUAAAAAGAGCAAAAAGGAAAGUUCCCCUGACCUUCAUUUGUUAGAUAUACCUAUACCACCUGACCCACCAAGGCAAGCAAAACAAGAAACACAGACAAAGAUACAAGAAACAUCGAUAGAGGUAAUGAAAGAAAAUGAUGGAAAGAAAUUGGAAAUAAAGCACACAAAGAAAACACCUCAGACUAAAGAUGUUGAAGAUGACAUGAAAGUUACUCCAAUAUUACCAAGUUUCAAAGAGAAAAAGAAACCUGUCAUUUCUAUAAAUCUCAAAAUGAAUCAGAAAUCAAAUCUGAAACCAAAACCAAUAUUGCCUGAAAAUGUCCUAGAUAUCUUUAAAGAUGAUAUAGACAUGAGAGUUAGGGAUAGACCUGCUACCAAAGAUAUAAACUUGGUAAAGGGAAAAGAAAGUAGUGAUAAUGAAAAAUCAGGUUUUGGUUUGACUGACAAAGAUUUUAGAAAUGUUUCUGUAAAACAGACAGAAUCAGGUAUGUUAAGUGCAGACACCGAUAAAAAUACUGAAAAGAAUAAGACCAAAGUAGAUACAUUUGAUUCAGACAAACUAAAGAUAGAUGAAAGUAAAGUAGCCAAAAAGGGGGAUGAACGUAAGGUUUCAGAUGUACAAACAGUUCAAAAAAUGUCUACAGCAAAAUUUAUUGAUCCAUUUGGACUAGGAAGUGAAGAUAUAGAUCACCGGAACAUCAGUGAGUCAGACUCUCAGAAGAAAGAAGUAAAUGACUUUGGCGAUAUUGACUGGAGAACAGCAUCAGAUGUCCAUAUUGCAGAUGUCGAUAUGCGUUCUACAGAUACAAGUACUGAUAAUUCACAGUGUAGUGAUUUAGGAGAUUUUGAUUUGAGAAGAUCUCACUCCAGGAGUGUUUCACCUACACCUAGUAUAGCUAGUAUAGCUUCAAAUAAAGAAAGGACUAAUAGUUUUAAACAACCUGUUAGAAAAUUUGUUGAUCCAUUUGGGUUAGAUGAUGAUACUGAUGAAAGAAUAAUUUCAAGAAGCAAUUCACCAUUGGUUUCAGAGAAUAUGAAAAUUUCAAGAAUGAAAGAAAUUGCACUAGAUAGUUCACAAGAUUCAAACUCGGGAUCUGGUGCACUAUUUGAUGCAUAUUCUGUUGGAAAAUCGAAAUCUGACAAUAUAGGACAUACUAGCAAUGAGUUUGGUGAUAUUGAUUGGAGGCAAGUAGCAGCUGCAGAAAUGGGAGAUGUUGACUUGAGAUCUGUACCUGUGGAAAAGCCUACAUAUAGUGGUAUUCUUGAUCAGACAAAGAUAGCACCUUCAACUGCAGCUCCAGUGAUAAUUUCUGAACUUUCUACUCAUAAUGUUGACCCUUUCCAACAAAUGAACAAAAACCUGCAAAGCAUGUUCAACAGUGGUCAGGGUAUUACGCAGUAUAAGACAUCAGCCUCCUCUUAUGAUACAUAUAGUACCAUUCAGUCUAAAAACACUCAAUCUUAUGAAUCUUACACUACAUCAAAAACUGCUGUUGCUGGGGAAUAUAGGACAAGCAAUAUACCUGACAAGAAGUAUCUUCAUAACUACACCACAAGUGACAGCCAACAGAAAACUCAUCAAGAAGGAUUUCAUAAUAUAAUGCAGAAUCUUGAUUUUUCAAAUUUGAAAAAUAUUCUGGCCACAGUAAAGCAGCCUGGUGCAGACUCUGCUGCAACGGCAAGUGGAGAUGAUCGAGUUAGCAAAAAAGAGGAUGAUGACAAACCUGCAUUUGUUACUGGAUUAUCAUCAAUGAACAACAAACCAGGUGAGACACGGAAAUUGGGAUCAGUCUAUAAACAGUAUCAAUCUCCAAAGAAACACAGAGAUGUAACUCUUCAGCAAAACUCAGAUCCAGAAAAACCAGUAGUCCGAAUUCCAGGCUUUGAUGUUACUCCAGAAAAGGAAGUUGAUGAAGCAGAUAAAUCUGCAAAAAAUACUAACUCUGACUCAAAGAAAGAAAAAACCAAGAGCCCGUCUCCUGAAAAGUUGGGCAAGUCAAAGUUGAAAGACAAGAAAUGUUCUGAUAUUAAAGUUAGUGAUUCAUUACCAUCAACUCCUAAAGGUAAAAAAUUAAGUACAGACAUUGAAGAUGUCAUGACACCUCUGCCUGACAUUUCUUAUCAAGCAGCUAUAUUAGAAUCUAUGGAACAGUCGGCUUUGAAGGUCCGAAACGAUGACUCGUUUGCAUCAGAAAUGGAAGAAUCUCCAAUUCGAACACCAAAGAGACACAGGUCCAAGUCCACUAAAAGCAUUAAAGACAAAGUUGAUAGAAAAAAGCGUAGACAAGAUUCUGAUGAGGAAAUUUGCAGUCAUAAAGUGGUGAAGCGAGAACAUGACGGGAAUAAAACAGAUGAUGAUGAUGAAGAGUCUGGGCUGGUUAUAGACCUAGAUAUGAUGUCCCCUAUUGUGAAAAAUUCAAGUGAUAAGGACAGCCCAGCAGUAAAGACAAAGCUGUACACAGUAGAUAUCAUGGACAAAUCAGACCCAAUUGUAGAUCUAACUGAUGAUGUGGAACCAGUGCUUGUGAUUGAUGAUGAAGAGGGAGACAAGUCUGAUUCUGAGGAUCUACAUGUUGAAGAUACACUACGUGCUAAGACGAAAGAUGAAAUGACAAACAUGAUUGAAAAAAGUAGGAAAAACAUGGUUAUAAAAUUAAAAGGUGAAACCAAACUUGUUAACCCUAAAACCGGAAAAGCCUACAAUGAGUGCCCUAAGGGAUCAGCAAUCGAAGUACUAGGCCAGUCCUCAUCUUCUAAAGAAAUUCCAACCCAGCAGAUACAUCCAAUACAUGGAAUUGUGUCUGUAAGCAGAGGCAGCUCUGCCACAGCUAAGGCAAGUGCUGGACAGUCAAACUCAGUUCAAGGUCAGCCUAUUCAGGCAAUUGGAAAUUCUGGAAAGUCAAGUCAGAGUAUCAAACCAAACAUUUCUACUCCAAGAGAAGACACUGUAGUGACUGGAAAUAAAGUUUAUGGUCAGGUUCCUAUGAGGCAGACAAACCAAAGCACUAUUACAUGCAGCUCUGCACCUUCAGUAUUUGGAAGUGCAGCAUCUGUAUCGAAUAACAUCAGUGGAAUAAAUAGACCAGUUCCACCUGUCACUUUGAUACCAACUGUAAAUCAAGUGCAGCAACAGCCACAACCUCUGAAAUACGUUCAUCCAUUUACUGGCCAAACAAUAGCUUAUGGUACAUUACCACAAACUGUAGCAAUGCAACCUAGCGUUGCUUCGAUACCCAGGGCUACUGUUCCAAUGCCUGACCCACAACCAGUCCCACAGCCAGUCCCACCACCAGCAGUACUAUCUCAAGCUCCCCGCCAUGUUCUUAUUGUACCAGGUCAAACAGGACAAGUUACUGGCUCAUCAAGACUACCAUUUCUACCAACAGGACUUGGUCAGCAAAGACCAGGUUUAGCUGUACAGACUUUCGGAACUAUACCAGCUCAGCAGACUAAUAAGCCAGUACUUGUGUCACCAGGACAACAUACAGUAUCUAAAAUAUCACCAGGUACAACUGAAUCCAACAAAACUUCUACAGAUGUGUUUGAUUGUUUCCGUGACAAGUUUGAAAAACGAGAAAUGAAAAAGGAAACAACAAAUAUUCAAAACUAUGAAGUAAAACCAUCUGUUACUUCAGAAGCAGCCAGCGAAACAAAAAUUGCUUACUCUGUUAAAAUGUUUCUUGAGGACAUUGAAAACAAAGCAAAGAAAGAGCUAAAUGCACAAUCAAAUGUCAGAAAUAUUAAUACAAUUAUAAAAGGUGAACAAGUUGUGAAAAAACAAAAUGACAGUCCACAAACAAGUGCCAGCAGUGACCUUCACAAUAAAAAAAGACCUGGAGAUGAGGAAAGUAAUAUAGUCUCAGCAAAGAAAAUGAAAAACGAAUUUGAUACAAAAACUAAACCCCAAUGUGAUUUUGGGUCUAGAAUACUUGAAACUUUAACUGAAGUGAAAAAUAAACUGAGAAGUCCAGAAAAGAGUACUCCAAGUCCAGAGAAACCUGUAAUUAAACCAAAAGUGAUUGAGCUGAAAACAGAAGUCAAAACAAUCAAAGAUGAAGUAAAGAAAGAAAUUGAGUCUGGAGCGUCAUCAGAAUUAGAAGAUGGAGAAAUCUCAGAGGAUUCAGUGUCAGAAUCGGAGGAACCUAAAAAAAUGACAACUGGAAAACAAGCAAGCAGAUCAGCAGGUGCAAGUAUACCUGUGCUUGGAUCCACACCUGGUCAGUUCAAUAGAAUACCUACCCUAGGCUCAUGGCAACAAGUUUUACCAAAUGUAGGCAUUAAUAUUGGUAAAAAUACACAGCCUAGGCAAAUCUCAACAAUUGGAUCAAAUAAACCCAGUGCUUUCAAAAUCGGUGCAGACUGGGCCGACAUUAUACAGAACCCUGAAACAAGAGCACUUGAAAGAGUUAAAGCCACUAAUAUAGAAUCACCAUCAUUGCGUAGCAUUUCAGGAGAGAGUGGGGAUGAUACAGCAAGUCUUGUAUCAAAGUCUGCAGCAUCUAUCUCAAAGAGUAGACAGAAAAACAAGGCUCAGUCUCAAGUGAAAACACUUGGUGAAUGGUUGAAACUUGAAUUAGAAAUAGAUAAUAUUGAACCAUUACAAAAUAUCAUACCCUAUGCUUUGGAUACAGACUUAACUAAAAUACCAAAGCAAAGGAAACGAAGAAUAAGAAUGAAAGUUAAGAAUGCUAUAGAACAGGAAGGUACAAAAGCGAGCAGUUUUGAAAGAAAAGAUACAGUAACUGUUGAAGUAUUAUUAUCUGAUCAGGAGGCAGCAAAGCCUAUUAAUCCCAGUUACUCUCCUGAAGUUUCAAAUGAGCAAACAGAACAAGAAUUAAAGAUGUUAGGGACGUCUUUGAAUUUCUUAAAAGAAAAAGUUAAACAACAAACGUCUUUAAGCAAUUUUAAUACAAGGCCUUAUCAACAAGGUGGACAGUUUGGUAGAUUUUUGCCUAGAUCACUUGUAGGAUCAACAGAAGAGAAAAAAAUGAUUGUUGCAAUGACAUUAGUAGAAAGUGAAAUGAGAACUCACCUUAAUAGAACAUGUUUCUAUGGUUACCCACAUAGACGUGUUCCAGAGGAGUUGUUACUUAGUACAGAGUUAAGUGGAUUUAAGUCUGAAGCAGAAGAAGUGUUUCUCAUAUUAAUGGUGCCACUGUCUGCCAAACCGUACCAUAAACUGUUACAGCUCAGAAAUAACCUGAGUGACAUGUAUGAGAAAAGACAAACAAUGCGAAAUCCAACAGACAUUGCAAAGAUUGAUGAGGAAAUCAGACAGUCUCACAAUCAGCGACAGGCUGUGUUACGUGGGUUCACUGGUUAUCUAAAUAAAAAACGAAUACAAAAGCUACAAGAGACUGCAGACAAGUACACUAUUGUAUAUGAUUAUUUUAGGGCAAAGACUCCACCCACUCCUGAUUCUAUGCUGAGAUUUAUAAGAACCACACAGAUGGAUUUACGUCAGCAUCUGAUUCUUGCAAAGCAGUAUUUGGCUCUAGAGGAGCAGAAGAUGCAGUGAGAGAUAACAGUGAUAAAGGAAUUGACAAAGCAUAUUUUGUUGGAGAAGUUGAAUACAAAGAUCCAUUCUGAUGCUGACAGUAAUGUGUUUACCAAGUAAACUGAAGGAAUUGAAGAUAGCAAAAUAUGGGAAAUUUUGUUAAAUUGACAGUUCUAGUAUUUCAAAAUACAUAUCAUUUGGAAAUUUCUGUCAUAUUACUAGGGUUGUGACUAGACACUUGCUUUUUUAUUUUCUAAUAAGUCUUGUUCUACAUUUUCAUUCUUUUAUAUGGCACUCAACAGACUUGCUAAUGCAAAAUUAAGCUUAUUUGUGUCUACUGUCAUACCAAAUAUUCCAAUUUAAUAUGCUUUAAGGAUUUUUUUCUAUUUAAAGGAAAGAACAGUUCUAUUUUUGGAUUAUACUAUUUGGAUUGCAUCAGUUUUAGUGAUUUAUUUUGGAAUUUAAUUCUCUUAGUGUUGUGUUACUAAGCUUGUGUUUUUAUUUGUUUUGUUCUCAUUUAGUCAUAUGUAUCAUGCUUGAAUCACUAAGUGAUAUAACAUUCUGCUUGUAAUCAUAGAGUUGCUGCAGGCAGCAGAACAUUUUAUAUACUUCAUUAAAUAUCAUAUUAUACUCAAGCUGCCAUCAGUACUUCCACGACGAUGACUUUUGUUCAUAAUACAGCAAAGGUAAUCGGGUGUGUUCCACAGAGAUCACAAUCUUCAGUAUCAACUUCUCAGUUUUGUAAAUCUCAUAAAGAAAUUGAAUAAUUUUAUAAGGUAUUAAGAUCAUUAACUGUUAACAGAACAAGAAAAAUGUCUUUUUUUCCAACUUAAAAACUUUCUCUGAGAUUGAGCUAAACAUAAGCCUUGUUCAAUGAAUGAACAAUUCAGAACACUGCAUUAGUGUCGGUGUUCGAAGAUUUAUUUGAAUACUUUCAAGCCCCAAGAAAGAUACCACCAUAAUCAGGUUUUGUGACAUUGUACGACUGUAUCUGAUGAUCUUCUGUAUUUGCAUGUUUGUGCUUGUCUAUACCUGUGUUUUUGCUUAGUGCUUUGUUAUUGACUGAAUGUUGCUAGAUGCGGUAAAAUGUCAGACAUACAA